CUCUCUAGCUCUCUUCUCUCUCUCUCUCUCUCUCUCUCUCUCUCUCUCUCUCUCUCUCUCACACACUCUAUCGCUGAGCUCUAACCGGUUGGAUACAGUGCAGAGGACUUGAGGAGAGUGCUCUUUUCUUCUUUGGCAUUUCCUUCCUGCCUCUCUCCCUCACGCGCUGUUGAUUUAGAUCAUGUCCUUAGGGUGAGGAUGUAUUUGUGUCAAGCUGCAACAAAGGAAGAGUAAACAAAGAGUAAACAUUUACUGAACGGAGGAACGGGAAAGACCCUUCUUUAUAGGCUCAACAAAGGUGGCUCACCGGAUAGAAGCAGCAAUGUGAUUGUUUGGGUCAGAGAGCAGAUGAUGUGCUGGUACAGCUAAAGCAGAGAAUCUCCCCUCCUGUCCUCUGUCCUAUAUGAGGACCCGAAGAUGACUGUCACCAGCCGGCAGUCCUUCAAUGUCCUGACGGUCAUCUUCCUCCUGCUGUCCACCGCAGCUCUAUCAGCUAAUUUCAGAGUGUGUGAACCAUAUUCCGACCACAAGGGGCGCUACCACUUUGGUUUCCACUGCCCUCGUCUCUCUGACAACAAGACCUACAUGUUCUGCUGUCACCACAACAACACAGCCUUCAAGUACUGCUGUAAGGAGACUGAGUUCCAGACGGUCAUGCAGGUCAACCUCACCACCACCACAGACGGCUUCAAACACAAUAACUACACAGCCCUAGUAGGAGUGUGGAUCUAUGGCUUCUUCGUCAUGGUGCUGCUAGCCCUGGACUUCCUCUACUACUCGGCCAUGAACUAUGAGCUGUGUCGGGUUUACCUGGAGAAGUGGGGUCUGGGAGGGCGCUGGCUGAAGAAGGCUAGGAGCCAGUGGCACCGGCCGGUCCCAGGAGAGGAGAGUGAGACCCAGAACCAGGCCCAGGGUCACCCCAUGGCCCUCAGUCACCACCACCCCAGACACAGCCUCAGAGGCGAGGGCCAGAGCCCCACACUCCUCCCCUACCACACACCGACCGUCUGAGUGAAGCUGCAAGAGGAUGAAUGAGUAGAAGAGUAGAGAGCAGCGACGCCGGGCAGAGGAUAGCACGGCUCAGACACCUGUCUCUGUCUGCCUGGAUUAUUGACACAGUAACAUACCACAGGGUGGCUGGCCCUACGGAAGCUAGUGGCUAGCUAGCAGUUCCUGCUCACCUCCAUUCCUCUGAGCUCCUACACACAGGGCAUUGGAGGAUAGAGUAUGACGAAACGUCUAGACUACAACAGAAGGCCCAGGUGAAUGGAGCUGCUGCUAUCCAAACACUGCUAAGGAACAGGCCACAGGCACUGAAACUGACCAUGUAUACCCCUGCAUGGGCAGGGACUGUUCUAAUAAGAAACUAAUGGAGACUUGAAGUGAACUGGAUAAAAUGUGGUUACAAACGAGGGGGCUUUGUUUGAUUUGUGUGUUUUGAGUGUUGAUUGCACUUGGUUGCUGUGUGGGGUUAAAUUCAGUAGUAGUCAGAAGAAGUUGUGGGAGUACUGUAUCUAUUGGGGAUUUAUUUAAAGUAAACUAGUCAGGGACUUUCUAUGAGUGGUAAACAUCCUAGACGAUUCACCAUGGAGGUUGACACUGAGCAUCUUGAAGACAGACAACACUAUUUUUCUUCAGCGACAAAUGACUCACCUGAAUCGAGCGAUAUCUCUAUUCUACAGUGUCAGCCUGUCUUCAGAAAAGGCCUUUGUGUGUAUUUUGUGAUCUUAUUAUUUUUCUAAUUAAACAUAAGUUGGUGAAGUUUCCUCUACUACAACCUUCACAAAUUGAUGUCCAGUCCUUUUCCUGUCCAGGCUUUAUUUAAAGAGACCCAUUAAGAAUAAUGAUAAAAAUAUAUAUUAAUUUGGUUCAUUUAAAUUAUGAGCACCAAUGUCCCAUACCGGUAAUAGCCAUUGAGAGCCCUGACCUAAAUGAGGACAUAGACCAUCUCACACACAGAGCAAUCACUGAAUUGAAUCUGAGGUCUGCAUCCCAAAUUUCAUCCUAUUCCCUAUAUAGUGCACUACAUGUGGUAGGGCUCAGGUCAAAAGUAAUGCACUAUAUAGGGAAUAGGGUGCCAUUUGGGAUGUAGACCCAGGCUCUCUCUGCAGGAUAGAUUUAAUUACAAGGUGAAGUCUAUGGAAAAGAAAUAUGUCAACAUAAUAAAACCUUACUGAACACAGUGGUCUUCCCCUUCAAGCCACCUUGUCAGCUUAGCAAUGAGCAAGAGUGGAGUGCAGACAAAAUAAUCACUUCAGUGAAAAAGAAAGGUGUUAGGAACCGCACAGGGAUUGAAUAAAGCUGUGCUCAGCGCUUAACUAAUUGCUGACAUAUACUGUACUUUCCGAUUGAUACAUAAAGUACAGCCUUGUUGUGUUGGGAGGGGGGAGAGAGAAUAAAGCAUAUGUUUGUGUCAGCAGGCUGGGAGGCGGAAGGAUUGUGAUGGAGGAAGACAGGAGGCCCGCUCGUAGAGAAAAGGUUCCAAAAGGGUUCUGCUGCUGUCCCCAUAGGAGAACCCUUUUUGGUUCCAGGUAGAACUCUUUUGGGUUCCAUAUAGUACCCUCUGUGGAAAGGGUUCUACAUCGAUCCCAAAGGGUUUGUACCUGGAAUUGAAAGGAUUCUACCUGGAACCAAAAGGGGUUCUUCAAAGAGUUCUCCGAUGGGAAAGCCGAAGAACCCUUUUGGAUCCAGAAAUCACUUCUUUCUAAGAGCGUAUACAGUGCAGUACAGGGGUGUGUCUCUCUUCACUCUACCCCGAUUCUGCAGCUGUAACCUGGAUAUCUGGCAGCUGUACAGCCAGUACAUUACGUGCAGAGAAUUCCUGGACCGUACCAACCAUGCAGCACUGCAGUGUCCUUGGUAGGGGCCAAUAAAAGUGGCAGAACUAUACACAUUUCUGUUAUAAGAAUGACCCUUGCUGACAUUAUAAUCUGUUGUAAUCAGCAAUAAAGUUCAGAUUUGGUCAGUUUGAGUUAACUUCCGUACACUAAAAGGCUACAAUCUAACUGAGUGGCUGCUCCAGUGGACUUGUAUCCUGUGCUGAUAUGUUUCAAGUUUCAACGUUUAUUCGCCACGUGCACAGAAUGCAACAGUACGGAGAAAUUCUUACUUAAGAGCUCUUUCCCAACAGUGCAGUACUAAUAAUAUGGAUAAUCAUAGAAGAUCAUUUUUAAAACACAAGAAGUGCGAUAUAAGUUGACUUGUACCUAGUGCUGAGAUAAGAUGUGACCAACUGAAAUAAUUGGGUUGGACUGGACUGGCAAGCUAUCUCUUUCUCUCUUCCUCUUUCCUUCCUUCAUUUCUUCCCUCUCUCUCUCUCGCUCUCUCUCUCUCUCUUCUCUCUCUCUCUUUCUGUCACUACCUCUCUCUUUCUGUCACUCCCUCUCCUAUCUCUCCCUCCCCCUUUCCCUCUCUCCCCCUCUCUCUUCUCUCUCCCCCGCUCCCUUCUUCCGUCCGGCGCCUCCUUCCUUCCCUCCCUCCCUCCCUCCCUCCCUCCUGCAGAAAGUGAGAGAGAGCAGUGGCAGCAGCUAGGAAACUGGGAGGAGCAGGAAUUUUAAACAGCUGCUGCAAUACAAAGGGGAUUUAAUUGGGCUCAAAGCAGGGGAAAUGGCAGAGAUCAGAUAUGCUAGGGAACACACGUCUCCUCUGGAGCCACAGUGCUGUGCUGCUGUAACAAAGCAAAGCUACUCUGUGAGCAGGGACUUCCUUUUCCAUCGACAAUAUGUAGUCGUGAUAAAUAGGGAAAUGCCCCUUCCCUAGCAACCCACUGGGCGCACAGACUUCAGUUAAACAUCUAGUAAACAACAGCUGUGGACUAACAGUGAAAUGCAUACUCAUGGUCCGUUCCCAACAGUGCAGAGAGAAAGAAAAUAGAGAAAUAAUACAAAAGUAAAACACGUAAUAUUAAAAGUAAUAAUAGAUACAUAAUGAGUAACAAUAACUUGUCUGGAGGACCAGUACUGAGUCACUGUGCAGGGGUACGAGGUAAUUGAGGUAGAUAUGUACAUAUAACUAGGGAUAAAGUGACAUAGUGAACAGUAGCAGCAACGUAUGUAAUGAGUCAAAAAAGUGAGUGCAAAAUGGGUCAAUGCAGAUAGUUAACUACUUAACCAAAUAGCUACCAGGACUAACUGUUUAGCAGUCUUAUGGCUUGGGGGUAGAAGCUGUUCAGGGUGUUGUUGGUUCUAGACUUGGUGUAUCGGUACCUCUUGCUUGAGGUUGCCGUAGAGUAAAUCUCCACCUGUACAAAGAAGCUUUGUAGUGAUUUGUCGGUACCUCACUGUGGGUGUGGUGAUGAUGAUAACGUAGAGUUAUGAGUUGAAUUGUUUCUGCACUUGUUAACUUUGUAUUGUUCCACCAGGGAGAAAUAAAGUUGUAUCUUUUCCA